UGAUUUUUAUUUUAACCAUUUAAGUCAACAGAUCGAGGGACACAAAUCCCGCAUCACAUCUACAUCAACGCUUCGCGUAGCAGACAAUCAUUGCCCCACAAUCCUCCCGACCGCCUUCCAAUUUCCCAGAAGCAUCACCAGUCGUCCACGGCCACACCACCUUUACCGUCACAUGUUAAAUUCCCAGAAAUGAAAUUCCCACGCAUUUCCCAUUUCCCAUUUCCCGUUAUUCCAUUAGUUCAACGGCUCAGAUCGCAUCCCCGUAAUCACCAUGGAUAAGGAUAAACCCACCCAAACACCCCGUCUAAACUAUAAACUAUAAAUACCCUCCCUCUAGUCAUCCCAAUUCCAAAACGAGAAAAUUGGAGUUUCCGGAAAGGAAUUUGUAAACGGAAAUGGAAAUGAAAAAGGAAAGACCCGCGUGGACGAGAGGGAAGUGCAUAGGCAGGGGCUCCUUCGGAACAGUUAGUCUCGCCGUCGACAAGUCGGACGGUCGAGUUUUCGCCGUGAAGUCUGUCGACCGAAGGUCCUCCGCCGCCCUCUCGGCUCUGGAAAACGAGAUUCGAAUUCUCCGGUCGGUGAAGUCUCCCUACGUGGUGGAGUACCUCGGCGACGACGUCACGCGGGAGUCGCCGACGGUGUCGUUUCGGAACCUCCACCUGGAGUACUUGCCAGGUGGCACCGUCGCUGACCUGGCAGCCGGAAAAUUGGAUGACGUGGACGAGCGCCUGGUGCGGUCCUACACGUCGUGCGUCGUCUCUGCGCUGAGGUACCUUCAUUCCGAAGGCGUCGUGCAUUGCGACGUCAAGGGGAGGAAUAUUCUGGUCGGAGCUGCCGCCGGUGUCGCGAAGCUCGCCGACUUCGGAUCGGCGGUGGAAAUCGGAGGUGAUCGGGGAGAUAAGAUCGUGCCGCGCGGAAGCCCGCUCUGGAUGGCGCCAGAAGUCAUCAGGGGCGAGUUUCAGGGGCCGGAGUCCGACGUCUGGUCCCUCGGCUGCACCGUCAUCGAGAUGGUAUCCGGCGCGCCGGCGUGGGAGGAUCGCGGCGCCGAUACUCUCCGUCGAAUCGGCUUUUCCGACGAUUUGCCAGUGUUCCCGAGCCGAUUGUCGGAGUUAGGCCGCGAUUUUGUGGAGAAGUGCCUCCUGAAAGACCCGAGGCAGAGGUGGAGCUGCGAUCGGCUGCUGCAGCAUCCGUUUUUGACGCCUCCGGCAGCCAAUUCAAUCGACGAUUCGUCCCCGCGCUGCGUGCUCGACUGGUUCAGCUCGGAUUUCUCCGAGGAUGAUGACGAAGAAGCGUGUUCGAGUCGGAAUUGGGAUUCACAAUCUAAUUGUGAGAAACAUGGAGCCCCUGCGAGUGAUAGAAUUCGAGAACUAGCUUCGAGUAGAGGGCCCAAUUGGGCAGCGGAAGGUUGGGAGGCGGUGAGGUAUUUCGCCGACGAUAGAGCCAAAGGCAUGGGCGGGGGAGACGAAACAGAGGAGACAAUUUCGGAAUAUCGGAAUUUGAUUGGGACAGUAGAGGAAACGGGCGGAACAACUCCGGAAUAUUCGAAUUCGGAGGCGAUUAGGGAAGGGACCAGAUUGGAAUAUUAUAAUUCUGGGCGCGACCAUGGGUUCGGUUGGUUCGAAGCUGGUUUCAGCUGCCGGUUUGGGUGGCUUCCUGCCGGUUCGUCGGCGGAGGGACCGGGAAUGGGUUUUAACGACCGAAGUAUACUGUUUUUAUUUUUAAUUGAUCACAAUGUGUUCGCAUUUAAUUUAUUAUUUUUUCAUUUUUCGCUGUACAUUCUGUAUUCUCCAGUAUUGUCUACUCGUACUUACGAAUGUGACAAAAUUUACCUGGAAACAAUAAAUACACCAAGAUAAGAUUAUGCAAA